AUGUUCAGCGGCGGCUGCUGCCCGCCCAUGGAUCUUAUGAGGUCGGAGACGAUGAAGCUGGUGCAGCUCAUCAUCCCUGCAGAGUCAGCGCGCCUCGCCGUCUCCAACCUCGGCGACCUCGGCCUCGUCCAGUUCAAAGACCUUAAUGCGGAUAAGAGCCCAUUCCAACGGGCUUAUGCUGCUCAGAUCAAGAGGUGUGGUGAAAUGGCUCGCAGGAUGCGUUUUUUCAAGGAACAAAUGUCCAAAGUUGCCAUAUUGACUUCUUCCACUCAAUUUUCAGGAGCUCCUUUGGAAUUUGAUGACCUAGAGAUAAAACUCGGGGAAUUCGAAACCGAGCUAAUUGAAGUAAAUACAAAUAAUGGAAAGUUGCAGAGGGCAUACAAUGAGCUGGUGGAGUACAAUAUUCUUCUAAAAAAGAUUGGUGAGUUUUUCUGUUCAGCUGAAAGAAGUGCGACACAGCAACAGAGAGAAAUGUUGGCAGAUCAGUCUGGUGAUUCUUCUCUAGAGAGUCCUUUACUGGAGCAGGAAAUGGUUACAGAUCCAUCGAAACAAGUGAAGCUAGGUUUCCUGAGUGGUCUUGUGCCAAAACAAAAGGCUAUGGCUUUUGAACGUAUACUUUUCCGUUCCACCAGGGGCAAUAUGUUACUCCGACAAGAAUCCGUUGACGAACCUAUAACUGAUCCACAAUCUGGAGAGAAGGUUGUGAAAAAUUCUUUUAUUAUAUUCUACUCUGGGGAGAGAGCAAAAUCCAAGAUUGUGAAAAUUUGUGAUGCUUUUGGUGCCAACCGCUAUCCAUUUCCUGAAGAUCUUGCUAAACAAAUGCAUACUAUUCAGGAGGUAUCUGGAAAAGUGUCAGAGCUGAAAGUAACUGUCGAAAUAGGUUUAGCUCAUCGUGACAGCAUACUAAAAAAUAUAGGCUCUGAGUUUGAACAAUGGAACAAUCGGUUAAAGAAGGAAAAAGCUAUUUACCACACGUUAAACAUGUUCAGUCUUGAUGUGACAAAGAAAUGCUUAGUUGCUGAGGGGUGGAGUCCAGUUUUUGCUACAAGUAAGGUCCAAGACGCACUUCAUCGUGCUACUACUGGUAGCAACUCUCAAGUUGGUUCCAUUUUCCAAAUUCUUAACACACAAGAAUCUCCUCCAACAUAUUUCCAGACAAAUAAAUUUACUUCCUCCUUCCAGGGCGUUGUGGAUGCCUAUGGUAUUGCGAAGUAUCAAGAGGCAAAUCCUGGUUUAUUUACUAUUGUAACAUUUCCCUUCUUAUUUGCCGUCAUGUUUGGAGACUGGGGUCAUGGAAUUUGUCUCCUACUUAGCGCAUUGUACCUCAUAAUCCGAGAGAAGAAGCUAGCUUCACAGAAACUAAACGAUAUGGUGGAGAUAAUGUUUGAUGGACGCUAUGUAAUUUUGAUGAUGUCCAUUUUUUCAAUUUACACUGGAUUAGUAUAUAAUGAGUUCUUCUCGGUUCCAUUUGAGCUCUUUGGUAAAUCGGCCUAUGCAUGCCGCGAUCCUUCCUGUGGAGAUGCUACAACUGAAGGAUUACUUAAGGUGAGGCAAGUGUACCCAUUUGGUGUGGAUCCUGUGUGGCAUGGUAGCCGCAGUGAAUUGCCGUUUCUGAACUCCCUAAAGAUGAAGAUGUCAAUUCUUCUUGGACUUACACAAAUGAACCUUGGAAUUGUGUUGAGUUUCUUUAAUGCAAAGUUUUUCAAAAAUUCUAUUAAUGUUUGGUAUCAGUUUGUUCCUCGGCUGAUAUUCCUGAACAGCUUAUUUGGUUAUCUGUCAAUCCUCAUCAUUAUUAAGUGGUGCACAGGCUCAAAGGCUGACCUAUACCAUGUGAUGAUAUAUAUGUUCCUCAGUCCAACCGAUGAUAUUGGGGAGAACCAGCUAUUUCCUGGACAGAAAAUUGUGCAGCUUGGUCUACUCCUUCUUGCUCUGGUGUCUGUGCCUUGGAUGCUAAUUCCGAAACCAUUUCUUUUGAAGAAGCAACAUGAGCAGAGGCACCAAGGCCAGCACUACACCAUUCUCCAGGCCACAGAGGAAUCAGUGACGCAAUUGGGAGGACAUCAUGAAAAUUCACACCUCCAUGAUGAGUUUGAGUUUAGCGAAGUUUUUAUUCACCAGUUGAUCCACACCAUCGAGUUUGUGCUCGGUGCAGUCUCAAAUACCGCCUCAUAUCUUCGUCUUUGGGCUCUCAGUCUUGCGCACUCGGAGCUGUCCACUGUCUUCUAUGAUAAAGUUCUUCUUCUAGCAUGGGGAUACAACAACAUUAUCAUCCUUGUCCUUGGAGUAACCGUCUUUCUCUUUGCCACUAUUGGUGUCUUGCUCUCGAUGGAGACCCUAAGUGCAUUUCUGCACGCCUUGAGGCUCCACUGGGUCGAGUUCCAGGACAAGUUUUACGAGGGUGAUGGGUACAAGUUUGAACCAUUCGCAUUCUCGUCGAUCAUCGAGGAGGAAGACUGA